AUGAGCGUUGCUACUAGUGCUACUCAAUCAGAAAGAGAAUUCGCCUCCAACUAUCUCACUUUGCUCUCGGUUUCAGACUCAAAGAUCGUGAUACCUGCUGAUUACAGAAAGGACCUUAAGGACAUUUCAACAUUAGGAAUAAAACUUCCAAAACUUCCAGUCUCAAAGAAACAAGUCAAUGGUGAUUCUAAUGAUUCUGAUCAAAUAAUCGAUGUCACUUUCAAAUCCAUCAAACCUCCAAGAUUCAACACCUCUUUCAAGAGCUCUACAUCAAACACACUCUUUGAAGUCAAAACUUUACUAGUUAAAAAUGAAGGUAAUUUACAAGGAAUCACACAAUCUCAAAUCAAAUUAUUAGUGAAAGGUAAAGUUAUCCAAGACUCAGUGCUGUUAGGAUCAGUAGCUAAUUGUGAAGAACACGUUACAUUCACAGUGAUGAUCAAUAAAGAUAAAACAAGUGAUUCUACACCGGUUUCCACACCUGAACCUUCUACAAUUACACCAAUAACUAAAGAAAUCGAACUUCCAUGGGAUGAAAUUAAAGUAUUAUUACAAGAAAAGGGGAUUGAUGCAAGUUCUGCUAUAACUAGACUACAAAAAGGUUGGGAAUUAACAAAAUGA